AUGCUGGGUCCAGAGGGUCCUGGCGGGGGCCGGGGGGGGGGGGGGGGGUGGGCAGGGAGCAGGAAGAAUCCAGAGGAGAUGCGAUCUUGGCAGGUUUACAUGUUUGAAGGGAGAGCUCACCUCCGCCUGGCUGUGGCUUCCUGCUGCAGACAUCGGGGCCAACGCCGUUAUCGUUUCCUCGCCGUGAUUAGGACACUUCCUGGAGACGCCAAUCCAGCCCUCUCCCUCUCCUCUCCCUCUCCUCUCCCUCUCCUCUCCCUCUCCUCUCCCUCUCCUCACCCUCUCCUCUCCCUCUCCUCUCCCUCUCUUCUCCCUCUCCUCUCCUUCUCCUCUCCCUCCUCACCCAAGGAGAGACCGGUGACAAGCGUCCAUCGAGGAGGCCCCUCUGAUCAGCCGCACAGGUCAGGUCCUUGCCAGUACUCCACUCCAGGGCCCCAGACCCCGACCUCUCCCGUCACAACUGUCACCCAGGCCCCGUCUGAAACCUGGCUCCCUGACCCGGCCGCUGGUAUAUUUAGAACUGGCUGGCGGUGGCCCCAUCCCGACUGUCCAGGCUGUCACACGUCCAAACCCCUCGCUCACAUCAAGGGGAGGCAGCGGAGGGUCCAGACCGUGGAUUGA